AGAGGCAGGCUUUGCCUUUUCUGGUAGUUAAAGUCGCUGAAAGAACAAGCAGGAAUUCUUUGUGCUGCUGAGGGGCUGAGAUAUAAACCAGGCUGUAGAGGUUGAUAUAUGAAGAGCGGGAGACACUGCUGUCCAUGGACUAAACUUCAGCUACCACUGAGUGAGAAAGUGAGGAGAAUCUUUUGGGCAUCAUGGACGAUGACUUUGAGCACCGCAUGGAGCUGAGGAGGCAGAGGAGAGAACAGAUGCGCCUCGAAUCUGAGAAUGUGGGUUACGCCAACAAUGAUGACGAGGAGGAGGCGGCUCGAGAGCAAAGGAGACGUGCGAGGGAAGAGAGGAAGAAGAUGAGGGAGUUGGAGGAGUCUGGAACCACCGAUGUCAUUGAAACUAACAGUGUGACAGAGACCGACUCCUCCACUGGAACCACCACUGAAGGUGCAGAUGAUGAUCAGGCUUUGCUGGAGCGCCUCGCCAAGAGGGAGGCGCGCCGGCAGAAGAGGAUGCAGGAGGCCAUGGAGAGACAGAAGGAGUUUGACCCCACCAUCAGCACCACCAACGGCACAGACAGCACACUGGAGGAGCAGUCCUCCAUCAGCAGCAGCAGGCAGCGACACACAGAGGAAGAGGAGGAGAAGAAGGAGACACCAGCUCAGGAGGAGGAAUCUGCUGAGGAAUCAAGAACAACAAGCACAAGGAAUGAGGAUGAAACUGAGGAGAAGGCUGCACCAACAACAGAAGAGGUCGAGCAGCCUGAUUCAGGAGAGAAAGGUGCUGAAGAAGAGGCUGUUCCCGAUGUUGACAAGGAGGAGGAAGAAAGGAAGAGGAAAGAGGAAGAGGAAAGACAGCAAAAAGAAUUGGAAGAGAAGAAGAGGAUAGAAGAGGAGGAAAGGCAAAAACGGGAAAUGGAGGAAAAGCUCAAGAAAGAGGAAGAAGAAAGGCAGCUGAGAGAGGAGGAGGAGAGGAAGAACAAGGCAGAGGAGGAGAAUCAACAAAAGGAGAUGGAAGAGAGAGAGAAGAAAAAGAAAGAGGAGGAGGAGAAGCCGAAGAGAUUCGGUUUAAAGGAAAAGAAUGAACCAGCCAAACAAAAUGAGGGGCUUUUUGAGAAUAAACUCAAGAAGGCAGAAAAGACGUCAAGGGACAAUGUUCGCACCUCCAAGGCAGACGACAAGGAGCGACAGGAGGCCGAGCGUAAGCUGCAGGAGCUGAAGCGCCGGCGAAAUGAUGCAGAAAGCGAGGACGUUGAGAAGAUGAAGCAGAAGCAGCAGGACGCAGAGGCCGAGCUGGAGGAGCUGAAGAGGAAGAGAGAAGAGAGGAGGAAGAUCCUGGAGGAGGAGGAGAAGCAGAAGAAACAGGAACUGGAGGACAAGAAAGCCAAAGAACAGGAGGAGAGGAAGAGGAUGAAGGAGGAGAUAGAGAAGAGGAGGGCGGAGGCUGCAGAGAAGAAGAAACAGAUGGGGGAAGAGCCUCCAAAACCUGCUUUUGCUAUCAGUCCCAAAGGCUCCUCAAAGAUCGGGGCAAAGGCAGAAUUCUUGAGCAAAUCAGCUCAGAAAAGCACCCCACCCAGAGUGUCUCACACUCCAAUUGUCUCCAAGAUAGGCAACAGACUGGAACAGUACACUUCUGCGGUCCAGGGAAACAAAGACGCCAAAUCCUCAAAGUCUCCAUUGGCAGAUAUUCCUACAGGAGGCGCGCGCAGCAUCAAGAGCAUGUGGGAGAAAGGAAACAUCAGCAGCUCCUCUGAAAGUCCAGCUCCUACCGUCAAGGAUGUGGCUGGCAUCAAAGGCGGCGUGGCCGGACGUGUCAACAGUUGGAUGGCGAAGCCUCCAGAGGCAGAAAAGACAGCAGCACCUGCACCUGCAGCUGCAGCAGCAGCAUCACCAGCAGCAGCAAAGCCAGCAGAUGCAAAACCAGGUGACAUCGGCAGUAAGCGUGGCAUGUGGGAAACCAAGAAGAGCUCUACACCUGCCAAGGUUGCAGUUGGAGCCAGGAGCAAGUUUCACUAAUGGUGUGAAACCCUAACCAUUGACAUCCCCAUUUAAAUUAAGCCUCACCUGACCAGACCCAAGGCUCUGCUACUGUAUGUGCAUCCAUUUCCCUUCAACGUACCAUUGUUUGGCACAAAGUUCCCACAGAAGUGAGGAAAAGAUGAGGGACCAUGAUGAGUGACUCCAGCAUCAAAGUAUCCAGAAAUCUUUUCCUCUAGAGUUUGAAAAUAUUGACGUUUUCAUCAGGCUUGACUAGAUUUUUUUAAAAUGAGAAAUUCAAAGAUCUCAAAGCAACAAACCAAUCACCAUAAAAAACAUGAUGGCAUUGAGCGUUUCUGCAAGGCACAGAUAUGUUACAUUUGCACGUCAGUGUAUAUCCGCAACGUUUUUAAGUCUAAGGUUCCCUAAGAGAGCUGGGACUGCCUACUACAUAUAUUGUAUACUAAAAUUGAGUUGCAGUUGAGGUAAUUCUCUGAAUAUUUCUGAGUCUUCUCUUGUUUGCGCUUGCCUGUAGCUACUCAAUCAGCAGCAGUUCUAACAUGUCUACAUGCAUUAAUGUUUGCACCGUUUACGCUUUUGCCCGUGGUUUCUGGGGUGGAUGGUGUGAGUUUCUUGCUUGCAGUUACAAAAUGAUCGAAAAACACCUCUUUCACAAUGGAAGUCUAUUGUAAAAAGUCUUUUUGGGGUCCGUGGCAUCACAUGCUGGGCCAGGAAGUUGUUAUUCCACAGUUUGGCCAUUAUGUAAAGCCCUCAAAGCCCAGCACUGCUCCUGGGAGCAUGUUUUGGAGGCGACAACUAUGAAAACGUGUGUCUCCUAUGCUUCAACCUUAAUCUUGGGGGAACGAUAUUUGCUAGUUAGGAUUGGUUGUUUGUCUUUAUAUGACAUGCGGUGCACGCUGCUGCAUUCCAGAAGUUGAAGACUGUUUAUCUCAGGGUGCACCUGUCGCACCUUAGAAAACUGGGGGGGGGGGUGCUCUUGGCGUUGCUCUCACUUUGGAGCGUACAUUCCACACAUCUACAUUCAAAACAAAGGAUUUGAGGGUGCAAAUAAUGUGGCAUGUGUACAGCCCCUAAGCAACACGCCAUCCACCAUCCCCUCGACCUCCCAAUGACAAAGUCAGCUCAUUUAUUACGUAACUUUAACUUUGAUGUGAUACGUACAGAAUGUGCAUAACAACAUAUUUGUGGUUUGGAGAAACGUACAAUGCCAACAUUUUCUUCUGGCGACUGGGCUGCUUAUACGGAUUUACAGAACAAAGUACUACAUAUUUAAUGCUUAACAGAUGAUGGUUUGUGUAGUAUCCAUCUGUUUAAUCAAGGUCACAAGUUCAGAUGGCUGUCAUGAUGCCUAAAUAUUAUUUUGCCUUCCAGCCACACUGACAUGUCUGCUCUUUUUUGUCGUGUAUUGUCAUGUAGCUUAAAUCCAGCAAUAAGCAUUUGUGUUUUACUGUCAUACACACACAGCUUUUUGGGAUGCUCAUCACUGUUUUGACUUCAUGUGCUUAAUGUCCAUCUCACCGCUUACAUUUGAAUUGUUAGAGUAAACUGCCAACGUUGACGAACUCCUUAUUGGUACCCAUAGAUCCCCCACCUCAGACCAGAAGAUGACAUCAUUAUUGUGUAAUACAAGCAACAAAGUUUAUGAAUGUGUGUGUGUAUGCAAAAAUCCACUGUAACAACUAUUCAGUGACCAAAUAUGGCAAGCUCUUUUAAUGUUUAAUCAGUAGGGGUAAUAGCAAUUGUAGAUAUCAAUCAUUGCUGUUUGAGUAGUUAGAACUCCAAGCCAAAAUUAACUUUUUAAUUACUCAAAAUGGUAUUGUGACAUUUCAAAAUGUAAUUUCCACCAGUGAGAGCUAAAUCUCCACACCUUGGAUCCUGUUGAUUUUAUGUUAAAGGGGCUCGCAAUAGACCAAAUGCAAUUCCAUUUCACAGGCAGGUAGCAGUCUUACUUUUCUAUCAUCAGUUUACAAGCCACUAACUUUGUAGUUUAUCUGCAGCAGCAGCAGCAACAGUGAUAACGGUUUAUCAGACAAUAUGGCAAUAUGCACUCUGUUUUAAUAAAGCCUGUAAUUAACUUUCA